UCUUUUUCUUGUCUUGCAGCUUCCCUCCAGUUGACUACAUCGCUCCCUCCCUGUCUCCCUUGCUCAUGCACAUGCUCCCCCUGCAGUAAGAUAAGAAAUGAGACACUCGACUCAAUACAGGCUGCUGGAGCAGAUUGAAAGAAGCCAGUGCUAAGCCGGGUAACGGACCAGCAUCUUAGCAUCUCACUAGCAUUUUCACCUGCCUUUGUGCUACAAGAAAGAGAGAGCCGCAAGCCCAGACCUGCUGAAGGUUGUAUUCUCUGCUCUGGUCACACCUGCAUCUUACUACGGCUUCAGAAAAUCCUGCCGCUGGUGUGUGUGAAUGCCCGUGGAAGCAGCUAUGGGAAAGUAUGCCACAGACACCAAUAUUUCCCAGCAUGCUUGGCUCUGCCUGUAGUGGACAGGUGCAGCCAGAAAUGGGUGAGCAGUGUGGAGACCCAGUUUACCAAGAUGGCUGUUUGGUGUCUGGGUCCUUGGAAGCCUUGAUUGAACGCUUGGUGCCCACAGUGGAUUAUUAUCCUGACAGAACGUAUAUCUUCACCUUCCUGCUGAGCUCACGUGUCUUCAUCCACCCCUAUGAGAUCCUUGCGAAAGUGGGACAGAUCUGCAUCAAACAGAAACAACAGCUGGAAGCUGGGACGGAGGCUGACAAGGCCAAGCUGAAAUCUUUUGCUGCUAAGAUCAUCCAACUUCUGAGAGAGUGGACAGAGACGUUUCCCUUCGAUUUCCAAGAUGAGAGGGCCAGGAAAGAGCUGAAGGAGAUCGCCCAGAGAAUCACACAGUGUGAUGAGGAGAAUGGAACAAUCAAGAAGAGCAUCAGUCAGAUGAUGCAGAAUGUGCUCCUCGCCCUGUCCACGCGGGGCCAGUACCAGGAGGUCCGAGAGAAGAUCCGCCAACCAGUCACUGAUAAAGGGACUAUUCUUAAAGCUAAACCCCAGUCUGCCCAAAAGGACAUCCUGAGUGUGUGUGGAGAUCCACUCAUCUUAGCCCAGCAGCUUACGACAAUCGAAUUGGAACGGUUAGGAAACAUUUAUCCCGAGGAUCUCAUGCAGAUUAUAACUCACAUGGACUCCUUGGAUAAGGAUAACCACAAGUGCCGAAGUGAUGUUACCAAGACCUAUAACCUAGAAGCCUACGACAACUGGUUUAACUGCCUCAGCAUGCUGGUAGCGACAGAAAUCUGCAGGGUGGUAAAGAAGAAACAAAGGACAAGGGUGAUGGAAUUCUUCAUAGAUGUAGCCCGGGAAUGUUUUAACAUUGGAAAUUUCAACUCUAUGAUGGCCAUCAUCUCUGGGAUGAACCUCAGCCCUGUUGCACGGCUUAAGAAGACAUGGUCGAAAGUCAAAACAGCCAAGUUUGAUGUACUAGAGCAUCACAUGGAUCCAUCCAGUAAUUUCUGCAAUUACCGCACAGCACUCCAGGGGGCGACACAAAGGUCUCACAGUGCUAACAGCAGCCGGGAGAAAAUUGUUAUCCCAGUUUUCAACCUGUUCAUCAAAGAUAUCUUCUUCCUGCACAAAAUCCAUUCCAAUCGUUUACCUAAUGGACACAUCAAUUUUAAGAAAUUCAUGGAGAUCUCCAGGCAGAUUCACGACUUCCUCACCUGGAAACAGGUGGAAUGUCCAUUUGAAAAAGACAAGAAAAUUCAGACAUACCUUCUCACUUCACCAAUUUAUACAGAAGAAGCUCUCUUUGUGGCUUCUUUUGAAAAUGAGGGUCCAGAUAAUCAUAUGGAGAAGGACAGCUGGAAGACUCUCAGGUCAACACUUUUAAACCGAGCCUGAGAAGAUCCACAAGAUGUCUGAAGCACACACCUACUUUUUUUUUGUUUUGUUCCUGUUGUAUUGUGCCAGAAUGUUUGAGUCAGGAAGACAAUCCUCGCUGGUUGGGGGUCUGCUGAUUUUUGUAUAUAAACUUUUACAAGUCUAAAAAAAA